GCAAAGUUCAAACCUCCCAAAAGACUCUCCUUGAAGCCAUGGAAGAAUAUUUCUCAGCUGUAUGCAGGAUGGAGCAAGCGGUCCUGUUCCCCAGCCUCCUCCGGGGGAUAUUCUUGGACAAGACGGACGACCCCACGGAGGCCGACUCCGUGGAGAAAGACCUGUACGAAUAUUUCAUGAUGUUGAAAUCCAUCAAGAGGCUGGUGGAAGGCGGGCUGGCGCCUCUGGAAGGGCAGGACCCCAGCAUCGCGACCCGGCUGAGGGAACAGGAGGACCAAGAGAACGCCGACCUGGAAGGAUUCUUUUAUUACCACGUCUCCAACUUGUACCGCAUCCUCACCCAGCUGACCAGAAGAGCUGAGGCGGUGACCACGAAGUACAAUGAACUUAUGGGGCAGAUUUACCAGAACUGAAAGUUUCUUGGGCGGUGAGAUGCAUACUGUGAAGAGCAAAGGUAAUUUCAACCAUUCCUGUCUGGAGGCUGCAUAGAGACAAUUUCCAUCCGUGUGCCAAAACGCCCUCUAGGGGACUGCCAGCACAUUGCAACAGCAGGAAGACCACCAAAAAUAUUAUAAUAUUUUAAGUGUAACUUAUUAUUUAUAUCUCUGACCCAAAAUGGUCUGCACCUGCUCUGCUAAUCGCACCGCAACUGCUUUCUAAUAUUUGCAGACUUCUUGCAGAUGACCAUUUUAUAUUACUUUGAGCACGGAUGCUCUCUGUCAAUAAAGU